AUGGAAACCGCAGCUAUGAAAUUCAACAGAAAAUCAUCAUUUUCCAUCGCGCACAUUUUAGACGAUAAAACACACAGUUCUAAGAAUCCCACACCUCCGAUGGCGCACAGUAAUGCCAUUGGCGCUGAACAUUUGACGCAGCACGCAAAAAUUAGCAGCUCAGCAUCCGUCAUAACAGGGAGCCCAAAUUCGGUUGCUGCAGCAAUGCAACCACGUAUCGGUGAACCAGUGCCUCCAACAAUUGCCAAUCCCAUCGCGUCCACGACUUAUUCCACGACGCUUCCGCCCAAUGCACAAUACGCAUUCAAGCACCUGCUGCUCAACAGUGAUCACGCCGCAGCUGGCGGUAGUCCGCUGAUGGCGUCGCCUGGUGCAUUACGCUUUGAUCCCGUUUACGAUCCUGCUUCUCUCGUCUAUCAACAAGUCUUGAAUAUGCAGAAGAGCUCCGCGUUAUUUAUGCCACACUUUCAGGCGGCGGCAACUGCGGCUGCGUUAACGCCGUCGGCUUAUUGCGAGCAGUAUAACCCAUUCAUGGAAUGUGAAG